AUGGAUUCGUUUCGGUAUAUCUUGCUGCUGGUCGUCGGUACCAUGUGCGUGUGCGGACUGUGGAGAACGGGAACGUUCUCCUGGCAUACGUCCGCCGUGCACGCGAAAGCCUCGAUACGGUUCGACCUUUCUAUUCCAGCGUCGUCUCCGUCCGUUCUUCGUCGACUGUCCAACGGAACGAGCAGGAGAACUGGCGACACGAUCGACGGAAAGCACCGUGGCGCGGUGUCGAGGUACAUGCUGGAGCUGUACCAUCGAAAAUCGGACGUGGACAUAGUUCGAGCUCUUCGACCGAUUCGCGCAUCCGUCCCGACCAGCGACGGAGCCAGGAUCCUGGCGUUCUCGGUGCCCCCAACCGAGCCUGACGAGACUCUGGAAGUCGCGGAGCUCCUCGGUGUCGCGGGAGCCAUCCUCAGGGUGCGUUUGGACCAGACGAACAAGUCGGUGAGCUGCAAGUCGAGGCGCGAUGACAGCUGGAGGGCCUUCAACGUCACCUUCAGCGUGGCUGCAAGAGACGGGAAUAUCGUUAGAUUUCGAGUGUACGGAAGAGUCGGGUAUCGUCCAUGCGGCGAAAGUCCGAUAUUAUUGCUGAAUUACAGCAAGACGAAGAAGAACCGUCUUCGGCGUUCCGCUCCGGAAGAGGAACAAGAGGAGAGCGACGGUUCGCGCAGAAGACGCAGAAACUCCUGCAGGCGUCGUUCUCUGUAUGUGGACUUCUCGCUGAUCGCGUACGACGAGUGGAUCGUUGCACCGCCAGGUUACGAAGCGUAUCAGUGCGCUGGAAAGUGUUUCUAUCCGUUCGGGGACCAUUUGAGUCCCACGAAGCACGCGAUCGUCCAGACCCUGAUACACGGGGCCCUCCAGGGCUCCGAGAGCGCCAAUAAACCCGUCGGAAGGGCGUGUUGCGUUCCAACCAUGCUCGCGCCUACGAGUUUGUUGUAUCUGGAUUCCAGUGGAACUCUGACUUAUCAAUACGGAUACGAGGACAUGGUUGUUACAGAGUGUGGUUGUCGUUGAGAGUUGAAUACUGACGAAAGGUCUUUAGGUGCGUGGUUUGUUAAUGAAGCUUUGCACGAUGAAAGAACUGGAAAUUCUGAAGUCAGUGAUUGUGCUUUUAGU